UACUUUACAUGUAUAUUUCAUGGACACACAGAUAUGGUUUCUGUUUUCUGUACAAUAUUUGGUGGACUUUAUGGUAUUUUGCAUCACCUUGGUGAGGUAAGCCAUUUCUUCUAUAUAUUUAUCACUAUUAGAGUACAUUGGCAAUGUUCUUACUCUGGUGUGCUAUAGAUCCGAACGUUAGGAAUGUUGAGAAGUAGAUUCCACACCUUGCCAUCAACAUUUGAUGCUUGUCUGAUUCACUGAAGUACAUCCUUAAGUUUCUCGUUGUGAGAGAUUUGGAAAAUAGGGUCUUAUCUGAAAUAAUAAAUGAAGUUGAAGAAAGCCUUAAAAGAUCAAGUUUUCUUGAGGACUUUAGAAUGAUUGAGCUUCCAAAUUUGCUAGAUAAAUUUGCUGAGUUGCUUGAACUUCUGGGUGAGGGAAAUGGAGAUCAUGCCGGUAAAGUAGUGAAAGUUCUACAGGAUAUGUUUGAAAUUAUAACCAAUGAUAUGAUGGUUGAUUCUUCCAGAAUAAUGGAAUUGCUAAGCUCUUUCCAGGACAUGGAUAAGGAUUCUCCUUAUUUUUGCAGACAUAUUGAGCCACAAUUAUUUGAAAAAUACGCUGGUGAGAUGUCCAUCCAGUUUCCCUUGCCAGACAAUGCACCAUUGGAAGAGCAGGUGAUGAAACUUGUAACAUUCACUGUCUGCCUUCCACUUCUUUAUAGGACCUUGUUCAUUAAGCAAAGACAAACAAAUAUAAUGAAUAAUAUUUGA